AUGGAGACUCUGGUCAUCUCGCAGCAGCGCAGCCACCACCACCACCACCACCACUCUGGUCGCCGGAGGAAGCCAUCCCCGCACACCUCGUCGCCUCAGCCCAUGCGUGGCUACCACGCCUUCAACUGCCGUGCCUUCCACUCCAGUAUCAGCAUCGGCAUCCUGCCGUCCCCGCCCCCACCCCCACCUCCGCCUGCCCCCCGGGCUCGGACCUACUCCCCGGAGCCCAAGACGCCCAAGCAGCAGCUGCACAAUGGCAAAAAGCGCAGCAGGGCGAUUCCUAUAACUCCAUCAGGAUCUCCUCCUUCCCGUCCCGAGCUUUGGGCUGGCCCGGCAUACUCCAACUCGCCGCCACCCAGCUCGCUGCCUAUUCCCAAGUUCUCACUCCACCAGAAGCGCAGUGUAUCGCUUGAGUUGCCACCUGCUGAUAGGCCAGAGCAUGUGGAGGUGCUUGUGCAUGCUAAGUCUGCACCUUCGACACCCACUGCUGGCUCAGGACUUGGCUUCUUCGGUGACAAUGAUACUGCCAUUGCCACGGAGAAUCUGAGGAGGAUCCUUAAUUUGGAAAUCACCGAGGACUGA